AUGUCGAUUGACCUGGUGAAUGAUAAAAUUCUUGUGGUGCAGUUUUGCCCAGGUUGGGUACAGACUGACAUGGGCAACAUGAAUGGACGAACAGCUGCUAUAACUGUAGGCUGGCCGAACCAAGCUCUUGAAUUUGUAUUUGAAGAUUUUUUGGCAAUGGUUAUUGAUUAG